CCUCAACAGCAGCCUCAGUUCUCACCUAUAAAUAGGGCAUUGUAAUUCCAUAGCUUCCCAUCCCAUAAGUACCAUUUCUCAUUUUCAUUUCUUUCUUCCUCAGCUUAGUUUGCUAUUAAUAUUACUUCUUCCCUUUAAGCUAUGGAGUCUAAAUAUGGUUAUUGCCUUUUCUGUUUCUUGGUGAUACUACCUGCAAUAUGUUACUCCCAAGGCUUCACAUACUCUAGGGCAACUUACUAUGGUAGCCCUGAUUGCUUAGGGACACCAACUGGAGCUUGUGGGUUUGGAGAAUAUGGAAGGAAGGUCAAUGAUGCUAAUGUGGCUGGAGUUUCCAGGUUGUACAAGAAUGGCACUGGCUGUGGUGCUUGUUAUCAGGUUAGGUGCAAGGCACCACAACUUUGCAGUGACGACGGAGUGAAUGUAGUGGUGACUGACUAUGGUGAAGGUGACAACACCGACUUCAUCCUUAGCACAAGUGCUUAUGCAAGAUUGGCACGUCCAAACAUGGCCUUAGAAUUAUUUGCAUAUGGUGUCGUCAAUGUAGAAUACCGGAGGAUUUCUUGCCGGUACGCCGGUUACAACAUCAUGUUCAAGAUCCAUGAGCAUAGCAGGUUUCCUGAUUACUUGGCCAUUGUUAUUCUCUACCAAGGAGGCCAAAAUGAUAUUGUAGCCGUUGAAAUAUGGCAGGAAGAUUGCAAGGAAUGGAUAGGCAUGAGAAGGGCCUAUGGAGCAGUUUUUGACAUGGCUAACCCACCAAAGGGUUACCUUACCAUGAGGUUCCAAGUGAGUGGAAGUGCAGGGCUCAAAUGGGUACAGGCAACAAAUGCUAUUCCAGGUGAUUGGAGAGCUGGGGUUGCAUAUGAUUCAGCCAUUCAGCUCACUUAAAAUUGCAGUCGUGAGGAUUUUAGUUGUUAUUCCAUUAAGGGUGUUAAUUGUUCUCAUUAAGUUUUUGCGUCUUUUUGCCAUGUCAUAAGCCAAUAAACACAGAAUUUGCAAUGUUUAAAUUAAAAGGAUUCAUGUACCUUUUUCAUAAGUUCCUGAUAAGAAUAAAGUUGCAUACUUGUCAUA